AUGAGAACAAGAACAAGAAUGGUGAGCGCUCGUCUUGUGAAGCGAGGCGAUGCAAUGAGGUGAAUGCUGCUCAUCCUACACCCGUCCGACUCCUUGUAGCUCGUCUUGCGGACAAGAGCCGGGUGAAAACGUCCCGACGAAACGCUUCGACGGCUCAAAGUGCCAAAGCAGCAGCCGACAACAUUGUGAGUAGCGCACUUUAUCACUCCGCCGUCGUCGCUCACGACGUCGUCUUUUUUGUCACCCAUGCACAUCGCAGCCAAGCACCAGUCGGAGCGGCGAAGCGAGCAGUGAGGAGAAGCAAAGACCACCUUCCUCCUCUUUCAAUCCAUCCAUUCCCUCUCCAGCCAAGAAGCUCUCUUUGAGCGCUCGCGCACACGAUCCCUCUUCCACCGUCGUGCCUGCGCGCUCGAGCGACGCCAACGGUGCGCCAUCCGCCUCCGCCUCGCGCACGGCUCAAGAGGGCGAAAUGGUCAAGUUUUAUACGAGCGAUGGAAAGGCUGUGACGGGCGUGGUUGUGGGAGGAGUGCUGCAGCCUUUGAUGCGAGAUGCGAGGGAUGCGGAGAUGGGCGGUAGGAUCAGCAAUGCGACUGGAGCAGUGUAUAGGAGAAACCCACUGUUGCAAUCCUCCUCUUCUUCCUCCUCCUCUGCUGGCGCAGCUUACGAACAGCACGCGUCGAAAAGUGCUCGUGGGGAUGCUCUCAGGAACGGAGAGGAUGAUGUUCGUGCUCCAUUGCAGGACGUUCGUGCUCCAUUGCAAGACGUUCGUGCUCCAUUGCAGGACGUUCGUGCUCCAUUGCAAGACGAAUCGACGAUGGCCGAUCAAUCCGACUCGUUGGCUCUGCCGGACGAAGACAAGCUGAUGCGUCAAUACGUAGCGCAACACGAAAGAGCGCAGAGAAAAUUGGGAGCGCAGACGCUACCGUCUUCGAGCAACUCGAAUGCGCCUGCUAGCAGCGGGUCUGUAUCCGACGAUGGGAGCAGCGCAAAUACAAAGACGAGGCAAGAAUCGUCUGGACCUCCUAUUGCGGGAGGACGAGGAAGGUGGAAAGAGUCGCAAUCCGCCUCUCAGUCCCGACCCGCACCUUCUUCUUCCAGCUCUUGCGCUCCAUCCUCCUCUCGAGCCGAUCUUGCUGGGGCGAGCGCGAACAAGACCAACGCUGCUGCUACGACGUCGUCAAGCAAAGGAGCUAGACUGUCCAUGCAAUUGGCAAAUGGAACGACCAAGGACGUAUCGACGCUCACCAGGGACGAUGUGCACGCAUUGCAUCCCGACGUUUUGGAGCAGCUCAGAAAACUCUUGGGAGAUGCUAGUGUGGCCGGAUGA